GUGCGCGGCGUAGUCUGGGCUGCGCGCGCCUUAAAGUGGCGAGCCCUGGAACAGCCCCCCUCUAGGACCCCGAAGGCUUUGCCGCCAAGUGAACUUGGGCCUCAAGAUCCGACUCGGUGAUCGUCCGACCUCUGGGCCCGAAUCGCCCCUGAACCGAGCGGCGAGCCUCGCUUCUUGGGCCGGAAUUCCCUGUAGGAGAGGACCUCAGCCCCCCACCCUUCCAUCACACGAACACCAACACUCCUCUUGCUGCACAGAACGAAUGAGAUGUCCAGGAGAAAGCCGAGGUGGAAAGGAUUUUGCAACCCCGGGACCACUUGGUUUCUAACCAGGCGUUUGAGUGCCUACUGCAUGCGAGGAGCCGGGAUGCGGGUGAACAGGACCCAAAGGUCCCUGCCUUCGUGCAGCUUAUGUGCCAGAGGUGAAGACCAAGAAAAACGGGCAAACGAGACGACUUUAGGCAUAGUGUUGUGAUCGAAUAAGAAAAGGGGCUUGAUGGACUGCAGGGAGACCUGAAGAAGUGCCAUUUUUGCUGAGACCGGUUGGUAAGAAGUGAACCAGGAAAGGAUCUGAAAGAAGGUCAUGGAAGGUAGAAGGAGUGACCAGUACAAAGGUGGGAAUGGCCGUGGUGGGAGAUAGAAACGUCAUUGUUGUGGCUGAGAGAAAGGGGAGAGUGGGGAGGGGAGGUCAGGAUGAAGGCAAAGCCUGGUCAUGUGCGGUGACUUCCUUGCUGUUUAAGCAGGCACACCUGUUGGUCUGGCCUGGACUCAGUUUACUACUUGAAAAGCAGAGAUGAUAAAAGUUCCCAUUUCAGUGGAUUGUCAGGCGGACUAAAUGACACACAGCAAAUGCUCCAUUACGUUGGGUGGUAACUUAUAGUCCAUCCACUGGGCAAGAAGGCUUUGUUGAGUAUCUACUUUGUGUCAGGCCCCUUGUCAGUGCCCGGGUGCAAAGUCAAGAAGCACUGACUUCUACCGUCCCCACUCCCCUUACGCUCCCACUCCUCUUCCUGGUUUCUUGUUUUCUUCGGAGUGCUUCACCCCUGCGACUUCUGCACUGCUCGCUGGUUCCAGGCACUUUCUAGGCACUGAUCUCCACUUUGUUCCGCCGGCAGUAACUGGAGCCGGCCUUCGCACCGAGUCCGCUUCUUAGCCGCACCGCAGCCGGGCGGGCCGGGUCGGGCCUCAGGACCCGGGCGCGGUCGCGGCGAGGAGCCUCUCUCGCCUGGGAAAGGGCCCGUGAGCUCUUCACAGUUAGGACCUGAAGCCGCCUUAGGCGGGAAUGGCUGCGGGAGUGUUUGUCGGCACCCUAAUUGACAUUAAAGACACCAACCACCCAGGGGUCCCAAAAGCAAAGGGCUCGCCCCAUCCCCAAGCCAAGCUGUGGAAGAAACGUCAGAUCCUUCCCUUCCCACUGCCGCACCCCCGCGGCCUGGACCUCGGCCGGAAGUCGGAGGCCCUGAGGCGGAAGGGGCGGGACCGGAAGCCACUUCCCGCGAGUGUGCCACGUCAGAGGAGGUUGUGGCCGAGCCGGUGACGGAUCCCCGGGUCGGAGCUGUACGGGAUGGCGGACUGGGCUCGGGCUCAGAGCCCCGGCGCUGUGGAGGAGAUUCUGGACCGGGAGAACAAGCGGAUGGCUGACAGCCUGGCCUCCAAGGUCACCAGGCUCAAAUCGCUGGCCCUGGACAUUGAUAGGGACGUGGAAGACCAGAACCAGAGCCUGGGCGGCAUGGACACAGAUUUCACGAGUGUGACGGGCCUCCUCACGGGGAGCGUGAAGCGAUUUUCCACAAUGGCACGGUCUGGGCGAGACAACCGGAAGCUUCUGUGUGGUAUGGCCGUGGGCCUGAUCGUGGUCUUCUUCAUCCUCUCCUACCUCCUGUCGAGGCCAAGGACGUGAGCCAAUGGGAGCUGGCUUCUGCGGGUGCCUCGGGCAAGCAUGGUCCGCCUCUGCCUGGCGUCCUGAGCCAGAGAACUUAACGACAAAAUACUCCUUUGAAACGAUGAUUGUGGCUUAGGAAUCUUGUUCCUGUGUGGCUGGGAGGCUCUGACGCAGUGAGCUUGUGUUAGCUGGUCCCACGUGUGCAAGGGGCCCAUCUUCAUGGGGUAGCCAAGGCCCACUUCCUCUGCCACCUUGGGUGCUAGCAGCCCCAGCAGAGUCAGGUCCAAGCAGAGCAGCUGGGAAUCCUGGACACGGUCACCUGUGAACAGCAGCUCUUCCCCUGGCCCUCGAGUUUCUGAACAUCUCCAGGCUCUUCUAUGCUGUUCUUGUCUGGAUAAGGCCACGUCUGGUAUUUGAGAUGCUUGGAGCUGACAUAGGAAGGGGGUGUGGUGGUGAACCUCAAAUCAUCGCUGUCACCUUCAGCCGAGUGUUCUCAACCCAGAGAUGGCAGUUGCUCCUGCCCAGAGCUGCUGGGCAUCUGUGGACCAGUGGAAGUCAAGGGUCCUGCCGAGAGGCCUCUUCUUGCCUUCCAGUCCCACAGCUGAAGCCCGACCCUCAGGGAAGGGCAGGGGUUGUGGAUGGAGUUGGGAACUGCAGCCUUCGGUGAAAGCAUGGGGCUCACAUUCUGGUGAUCUCCUGGCCAUGUAUCCAGGUGCAGAAAGUGAUACUUUCUCACGAUUCAAGAUCUACCCAGAGCACCAGAGAUCUAUUUCCAGGAGACCAGAUCUCUGGAAACAAGUCUAUCUGGCAUUUCAGAGUCAGGCAGGGUGUGAGGAGGGACUUUCGUGGGUAUAGACAGGAGGCUUCCAAGUAAGGACUCUUCAUAGGACCUAGAGGUUAGUUUCUGAGGGUCAGCGGGCAGUUUCCACCAAGCCUGGCCCUUCCACUGUGGUGUUUGCCCAUCUCUCCCUGGGCCCUCAGCGCCCACUCGGUCAGUCCCCUGCUCACUCGAACCUCGAACUGAACCACAGGCCGAGCCAGACUAGUGGCUUCUUACCCCACUGAGACCUCAGUAUCCUUGUCUUCACAAAAAACGCUUAUAAGAAACGAGUCACCGGCUGUGUCCUUCCCUGCCCUUGUUCGACCUUCUGGUUUCCUAGUCAGCCCCCCUUACUCCCUGAGGGCUACUGGCUCACCGUCCGCCUCCCCGCACGCUCGUGCCACGCGCGGUCACGUGCGCCAGCCGCAUCUGCUGCCCCACGUUGCUGGUGUCUGGCCCCGGGCACCGCGCCUCUGGUGCCGCUGCUGCGCCUCCCCUCGUCCUCCGCCCAGCAGGCUGGCUUCACCUCGCACGCUUGCCUUGGUGCCCUCUCUUCCGCUGUACCUGCGACCUGAGUGCGCCGUCCCGUCCAGUGUGUGCUUGUGUCUCCCCCGGUGAGACUGCCUUGCUUGUCUCCGUGUCUCUGGGGCUUGGCUGUUUCCCUGUCCUCCUGGACGUUCCUUCGCAGGUCUCUGGUCCUGCCUUGACCCCCAGCGCCCUGUGCGCUGCGGCUUUGGCUUCGCCUGCUUCUCAUCUCACACUGAACCUUGUCGCGGGGCUUCGUCCUCUGGUCACCAAGCUCAACAGCUGCUGCCUGUGCAGUGUCUCCAUCUGGUUGCCACAGGCCCUGCAGAUACACCGAGACCUGAGCUCCGUGGCCCCCACCUUGUCUGGGCCUGCUAACCUUGCUUCCUGAGAACGUGGCUCAGCCAUGGCAGCCUUCCCCCCGCAGAUGCUUUUAUGUGGUGUGCCCCCUUGUCUUGCCAAGGCAGACCAGGAAUUUAGGGUUUGCCUUCAGGGUGGCACACCGGCUGCUGUGUUCUCUCCUCAGGUCUCCGUCUGUGCCUCCCCACCUCUCCACCUCCACGGCUCUUUGCAGCCCUUCCACCUAUUUGGGGGUCUGGGUUCUAGUUUCUUUCUGGUUUACUUUCUUGCUUCCUACUCUCAUUGUGUUAGGUGAAUUCCUGAAGGGAGCAGGGCACCCCUGCUGCCGCUGUGUCGGCAGGGUUUCCUGUGGGGCCUUCCCUGCUCAGCCGUGUACAGUGAGCACCUAAUCCUGUGGGUAAGUGGGGUUUGCCGAGGUUGAUCCCGGAGACCAUAAAACAGAAGGACUUGGAGCCUCCCUCUGUGCCAGGUGAGGAUGAACUGCCAGGUUCUAUCCCAUAAUUCACGGACAACACAUUUAGCAAUAAAAAUUUGGAAUAAAAAGCUUUGUGAUGAAGUAAACCCCAUAGCCUUUGGUGUUUUCAUUUCCUUGGGGGCUUCAGAUAGCUUGGUCUGGAACUGACUCUGCUCCAUAAACUGGCCGUGGGCACCAAUGGUCUGGACUCUGCUGCUUUCCUUCUCCUGGGUCCCUUCUCCCCUCCUCACUCAUCCCCUCAGGCGGGCAGACGUGAGCUUGCCACUUCCUGUUGCUGGACCUUCCUUUGCGCAAGUUUCUGUGACUCAGAUGAUAGCAUUACCUCUUCAGGAUUAAAGGGAUGCAGGUGAGGUGUUUAGAACAAGUAGCCUGACACGGAUACAGCUGAGUGAGGGUCAGCAGCUGUACCAUGCUUGGUGCAGCUGCAGUCCACAGUCCCACGGGGGUGACAGGGCUGCCUGCCCAGGGCUAGGGUGAAGGUUAGACUUCAUUCCUCAAGGCUGGCCUUGGACUCCAGGGCAUCCUCUGGAAAUGCCCCUCUUCAUCACAGCUCAGACACCCCCUUCCCUGCACAGAUCUUAUGCUUCCCGUAUUAUCUUUGAUGUUUAACAGAUCACCUUCAAAUGUAGUCACUUAAAGUUGCAGUAAUACUUUAUGUCUCAUGGUUACUGCUGGAGUUUGAGACAGGCAGAGCGGAGAUAGUUGCCUCUGUGAUGUUAAGGUCUCCGUUUGGAGACAAGAGACUGGCACUGCCACUUGCUGAAGGCUCACACAUGUCUAUAGGUCAUUGCUGGUGUGAGCUGGGGGCCCAGCUGGGUUCACUGUGUUGCCAUGUGUUGAGCUUCCUUACAACAUGGUGGCUGGUGUGACAGUGAGCAAAGAGAAGAGGGACGUCCAGGCAGAAGCUGUUUUCUUUGCAUGGCCUGGCUUCAGAAGUCACGUAGCAUCACUUUAUUCAGGACGGUCACAGGCUCUAGAUUCCAGGGGAGGGACACAGACCCCAUCUCAGCAGGGGAGAGGCAGUCACACAGGGAGAGGACCACACGGGAAGGGACGAAUGCAGGUGUGACCGUCUUUGGAGGAUACAGCAAGGUGCGGAGGGCAGCGCUCAAGGCAGAAUCAGAAGGGCAGGCAUAGCAGCGUCUGAUGCUCCUGAGCCCUCCUCUCUGCUCAGACCCCAGGCCCUGGAAGCUAGGGUGGGACCUGACAUGGGCUGGCAUGAUCGCCCGUGGGGGCCCCUUUCUGGAAAAUGUUAAUCCUCCCUCAAGGCAAACCAUC